AUGUGCAAGAAAUCAACUUUCACCACCGAAGAGCAGAUUAAGACACGAUCAGGAAAUGAGACUGGCGGGGACGUGCGCGAGGCCACCCGCGACCUGCUCAGCUUCAUCGACUCGGCGUCCAGCAACAUCAAGCUGGCAUUGGACAAGCCCGGCAAGUCGAAGCGGAAGGUGAACCACCGCAAGUACCUGCAGAAGCAGAUCAAGCGCUGCAGCGGCCUCAUGGGCGCCGCGCCCCCCGGCCCGCCCUCUCCAGGCGCAGCAGACACUCCGGCCAAGCGGCCGCUCGCCGCCCACGGCGCCCAGACGGUCGCGGUCCCGCCCCACGGCAAGGCUGCCCCCCGGCGGGAGGCGUCGCAGGCCGCGGCGGCCGCCAGCCUGCAAAGCCGGAGCCUGGCCGCGCUCUUCGACUCGUUGAGCCACGUCCCUGGGGGCGACGAGCGGGCCGGGGGCUCGGCUGCAGCGCCCGUGGCCGGGCUCGGUGGAGCGGGCGCUGGGGGCUCGGGAGGGGACGCGGCCGGCCCCGUGGGCGGUACGGCGGUCCCCGGCGCCAGGAAGGUCCCGUUGCGGGCCCGCAACUUGCCCCCGUCCUUCUUCACCGAGCCGUCCCGGGCGGGCGGUGGCGGCUGUGGCCCGUCGGGGCCCGGCGUGAGCUUGGGCGACUUGGAGAAGGGCGCGGAAGCCGUGGAGUUCUUCGAGCUGCUGGGUCCCGACUACGGCGCCGGCACCGAGGCGAGUGUCUUGCUCGCCGCGGAGCCUCUCGAUGUGUUUCCCACGGGAGCCGCCGUCCUGCGGGGCCCCCCGGAGCUGGAGCCCGGGCUCUUUGAGCCGCCACCCGCGAUGGUGGGGAGCCUACUGUAUUCCGAGUCCUGGAGCGCCCCGGGCUGCCCCCCGCCCAAGAAGCCGCCCCUCGCCGCCCCCCGCGGCGGCCUGACCUUGAACGAGCCCUUGCGCCCCCUGUACCCCUCUGCCGCGGACUCUCCCGGCGGCGAGGACGGGCCCGGCCUUUUGGCGUCUUUCGCUCCCUUCUUCUCAGACUGCGCUCUGCCCCCGCCGCCGCCGCCGCAUCAGGUGUCCUACGAAUACAGCGCGGGCUACAGCCGCACGGCUUACUCCAGCCUCUGGAGACCGGACGGCGUUUGGGAAGGGGCGCCCGGGGAGGAGGGGGCGCACCGGGACUGAGGGAGAGGUACCGUUGCCCGUUUGAGACUGCUGUGCGGAGCUCCCGCCUCCGGCUUUCUCCUAAGCCUAAGAACCAUAGGGAAGUGCACGUGGAGAUGAAACAGGAUUUUAAAAUAUUCAAUUAAUAAAAGAAACGUAAGAAAAAAAUGAAGAGGAAUUGGGGGUUGUUUUAAUCACAGCCUCAAGUGUUAAAAGAAAAGAAAAAAGCCGUUGGUAGGUUCUUACUGGACCAGACAACCAAGAAACCCAGCCGGGCUUUGGGGAAUGGGGUGGGGAUGGUGGAAGGGGCAAGCUGUGGCUAAUGUAGCCGCCUGACCCUCCUCCAACUUUUCAGCAAAGGUCAGUGUGUUUAGUAUAAUUGCCCCCUCCAAACUGCAGUGGUCCCUCCCUUUCCUUCCCCUUUGAGUGCAUUAUGAAUUAAAAUCUAUAUUGAAAAGAA